AUGGGACUUGAUUACAGCUAUACUCAGCCUUCUGAUUCAGAGGAGUACGGUGGCAACACAGCUGACAGUGGGUACAGCGAAACAGAAGAUCUAAUUCGUCAGGACCAAGCUGAGAUUGACACCCAGCGAGCGCCGGUUCAGUACCCUCCUCAACCCGAAGUUGAGUUCGGCUUCCCUCAAACAUGCUAUUGCGGUGCUCGUCCACUUCUAGCAACAUCUCAAAGUAGAAACGAUCCAGGUAGAUUGUACUAUACGUGUGCAAAUGUUGCUGAUGGAGAUUGCCAUGUCUGGAAAUGGUGGGAUGUGGCUGUAAUGGAGGAGAUGAGAGCCAGGGAUACUCACACACUUCAGUUGGCUGAGAAGGUUGAUUAUCUUGCCGGUAUGAGCGACUACCGGACAGAGCUUAACAAGAUUAAGGAUCUCCAAUACGAGACUGAGCCGAAAAUGGUAAGGGUAGAAAAGCUAGUGUCUGAGUUAGGUAAUAAGAAAUCAACGUCUACCAAUGGCUUUGGCUUUGAAUAUUUUGUAGGUGUAAUCGUUAUUGUGUUAGUUUUAAUAGAAUUUUUUGAAAUCCCUGAUAUUAUUCCCGAACCAAAAGAGCGAAAAAAACGCAUUUUUAUCGAGAGAAACCGAGAAGAUGGCCACAUGAAGCUUUGGAAUGAUUAUUUUUCUGAAACUCCUACAUAUCCACCCAAUAUAUUCCGCCGACGGUUCCGAAUGAACAAACCAUUGUUCUUGCGUAUUGUGCAUCGUCUCUCUACACAUGUAGACUAUUUUCAGCCAUCAGAAGAUGCAGUCGGACGGGCUAGUCUAUCUCCGCUCCAAAAAUGUACCGCAGCAAUUCGUCAAUUAGCGUAUGGUGGUGGGGCUGAUACAGUUGACGAGUAUGUGCGACUUGGUGAAACAACAGCUCGAAAAUGUUUGUACCAAUUUACCGCCGGAAUAAUCCACUUGUUUGGCGAUGAAUACCUAAGACGUCCCACCCCGGAGGAUCUGCAAAGACUACUCCACAUUGGAGAACAACGUGGAUUUCCAGGGAUGGUUGGAAGCAUCGACUGUAUGCAUUGGGAGUGGAAGAAUUGCCCCACCGCUUGGAAAGGAAUGUAUUCACGAGGAACCGGAAAACCAACAAUUGUGUUGGAGGCGGUAGCUUCAUCGGACCUCUGGAUCUGGCACGCGUUUUUUGGAGCUCCAGGUACUAUGAACGAUCUUAAUAUUCUUGAUCGAUCACCUGUUUUUGAUGAAAUUAUUAACGGAAACGCUCCACAAGUCAAUUUCUAUGUCAACGGAAGUGAGUACCAUUUGGGUUACUAUCUCGCCGAUGGCAUUUAUCCGAAAUGGGCUACUUUUAUUCAAUCUAUCCGACUACCACAAGGUCCAAAAAAUUGUUUAUUUGCUAAAAAACAAGAAGCUGUCCGAAAAGAUGUUGAGCGCGCCUUCGGAGUCCUGCAAGCUAGAUUCGCCGUUGUUAGAAAUCCAUCUAAUUUAUGGGAUAAAAACAAAAUAGGAAAUAUUAUUAAGACAUGUAUAAUACUCCAUAAUAUGAUUGUCGAAGAUGAACGAGAUUCAUACACUCAACACGCUUCAGAAUUUCAACAAGGAGAAGAUGUGGAUCAUACAUUUGUAGUCAAGAGGACUAAAAGUCUUGAGGCGUCAAUGAAGAAUCAAUCCUCCAGUAUUUACCUACAGAUUUACACCGAGAGAUCCAACGCCAUCUCUGUCUCGCUCUUGUCCGAUGGGUACAUACAUCAACUAUCUCCUCACAAGAUUUGA